AUGCAGAUCACCAUGACGAUGAACCCAGCAAGUCAGACUCGAGUCCGCGUCCCCUCCAUGCGCAUCACCGACCAGCAAUGGUCCUACGUGAAGGCCGCCCAGCACCUCGCCGCGAGUCGCAAGAUCGAGAUCCGCAGUGAAGGCAAGCAGCUCCUGCACAACAUUGCGGACGCUAAACAGAAGCAUCUUGCAAAGCUCAGGCAAGCAGCCCAACAGCGCCAGGAGCUCGGCAUGGAUGUCGAGUCGAGAGAGACUGCGAUCUCGAGCAUGUUGGAGCAGGUGUAA